AUGGCUCACGGAUGCUUCAUCAGAGGGGAUCACGACGCAGCUGAGGAUGCUAGUGCAGCAGCUCGUCCCGAUGGUGGUCUCGCAAUGUGGGGCAGCGUUGCGAGCAUGAGAGCGCGGCGAUGUGGCCGGCGGGACUCACGUGGCAAGGGAAUCUCGACCAAGCUUGGUGAAGCACUCUAUCUCUCUCUUAUCUCACGGAAUGCUCUAAAGUUAGCACAAGAGGACCUACAACAGGAUCCGACCAACAUCCUCCUAGCGGAGCUAGAGAAGGGGCACCUGACUGCGAGGCAACUGAAGUAUAGAAUAAUCUCGGUCCUUGAUAGAAAUGAGAAUCUUGUCAGCGAGCCGAACCUUGUUCAGGAGACAUUCGUUUCUCACUUCAAAGAGCUGUUUGCCUUGCGAUCUCUCCCUCCUAGGCCGGCCUUGGAGGACUUACAGCGAGCUAUCCGGUGUUCGCUCUCUAAAGCUCAGGUUGCUUCGCUCGCCCAUCCAUUCUCGGAGAUGGAGAUUCAGGAUACCUUAUUCUCUCUAGCCAGAGGAAAGGCUCUAGGGCCAGAUGGGUAUGGCGUUGAGUUCUUCAAGAUGGACUUUCAAAAAGCGUAUGACAUGGUAGAUUGGGACUUUCUUGAGAUGGUUCUCCGGGCUUUUCACUUCCCGGACCACUUCAUUCGGAUUAUCAUGGGGGACCCUAUGUCCCCUUAUCUGUUUACCUUGGUGAUGGAAGUCUUCUCAGGGAUCCUCACUUUCUAUGCAGAGCUACUUGGCUUCAACUUCUCCUGGAGGUGCAAGGCCACUCGGUUAUCUCAUCUAUUCUUUGUGGAUGAUGUGUUUCUAUUUUGCCGAGUGGAUAUGGCCUUCGUCAGGCUUCUUAAAGGCGAGCUUGAUACAUUCUUGACUUGGAGUGGUUUGAUACCAAACAACAGCAAAAGUGAGGUGUUCCUCGCGGGUGGCUCGGAUGAAUUGAGGACUCAAAUCAAGGAUGCCCUUGGAUUUGUUGAAGGAAAGCUACCGAUGUGCUAUCUAGGAGCCCUUAUCAUCUCCUUGAGGCUCGGCAAGGUGGAUUGCGUUGUCUUGGUCAAUCUCAUUACGACGAGGGUGCAAUCCUGGACUCAUCGCUUUCUCUCAUUUGCUGGAAGAGUUCAACUUAUAAGGUCAGUGCUCCAUGCGAUUCAGGCUUAUUGGGCUAGUGUGUUUAUUAUUCCUGUCCCAGUCUUAGAUCGUAUAGAGCAGGUCCUUAGACAGUUCCUGUGA